CUCACUUUUUUUCUCCUCAUCAAGGAGGAGCCUGCAGACACACCGACAUGCACCAAAGUGGAGGCUGAGAGACACAAACUUGGACUGAGUGGAGUAAAAACCAGCAGACAGACAGACAGUCCCUCGGCGAUGCUUAUCCGCCACCGUGCUAGAGAUUGAUCACCUCACCGAUCACCAGGACUGAUCGCCCCCGCCAGCAGAGCCUGCAGAGCCCGCAGAGAAACCAGACCAGCGUGCCCCCCUCUCUGAGCUCCAGGAAGAAGACGCAAAAAUGUCAGAGAGGAGAGGUCAGAAGAAGUCCGUCUUUCUGUCCUCUUUAUUGGUGUGUUGUAUGUUUGCUAGUGCGGAGUAUUCCCAAUGUGGAGAGUACGAAUUCUUCAAUCAGACCAGUAACACUUGCCAGGCCUGCCCUCAGUGUCAGCCAGGACAAGAGCCACAGAUGACCUGUGGCUACGGUGUGAAGGAUGAGGACUUUGCCUGUGUGCCGUGCCCACAGGGAAAAUAUUCCAAAGGGAAGUACGAGAUCUGCAGACGGCAUAAAGACUGUGACGCCCUCUACAAAGCCACUGUUCGCGUAGCGGGAACUCCGGACAGCGAUGCAGAGUGCGGACCCUGUUUACAAGGGUAUUACAUGCUGGAAAACAGACCCAGGAACCUCUAUGGGAUGGUUUGCCACUCCUGCCAGAAUGCACCACGCAACACCAAAGAAUGCAUGUCAACGGGCGUGCAGAGAGAAAAACCUAUAAUUGACCCUGGCAGCACUACUGUGUUCCCUCAUCCACAUAAAGAUUCCACCGGACAAGGUCACCUAGCAACGGCUCUCAUUAUCGCCAUGUCAACCAUUUUCAUCAUGGCCAUCGCCAUCGUCCUCAUCAUCAUGUUUUACAUCCUGAAGGCCAAACCGAGUGGCCAGGCAUGUUGUUCUGGACAAGUUGUGAAGGCAGUGGAAGCUCAGACCAACAAACAGGAAGACAAGAAAGAUGUCCCUGACAAUGUGGUGAUCUACUCAGAGAAAGAUGAGUUUGACAAACUAAAAGCUCCUCCUCAGAAGACGGUGAAAAGUGAAAAUGAUGCAUCAUCAGAGAACGAGCAGCUGUUGAGCCGUAGCAUUGACAGCGACGAGGAGGCGGCGUCUGACAAGCAAGGAUCAGCCGAGACUAACAACCUGAACCUGUGCCUAGUCAAUCUGGGAAACAAGCCCGACCUCUGCCUUCUCUCUCUGGGCCUCUUGGAGCGGGAACGAGCCUGCAACGGGGCCCCCACUAUUGCAGCUGGACAGGCCAAUAACAUCCCGAGUCCCAACCACAUCGGCAAUGUCAACCAUAUCGCCAGCACCAACCACAUCAGCAGUGUGAACGGAAUCAACAACAACAAUAAAACCCCCGGGAUGUUACAGAGUCGAAGGAAAAAGAUCCUGGAUCUGUAUGCCAGAGCCUGCAAUGUGACAGAGGGCCUGAGCCCCACAGAGCUUCCUUUUGACUGUCUGGAGAAGACCAGCCGCAUGCUGAGCUCCUCCUACAGCAGCGAGGCGGCCGUGGUGAAGACAUGGAGGCACCUCGCCGAGAGCUUCGGGCUAAAGCGCGACGAGAUCGGUGGCAUGAGCGACGGCCUUCAGCUCUUCGAGAGAGUGAGCACGGCGGGCUACAGCAUCCCCGACCUCCUGACCCGCCUGGUGCAGAUAGAAAGGCUUGACGCGGUGGAGUCACUCUGCUCAGACGUGCUGGGCAGCGGUGAGAUGGCGGCAGCUGCUGGACGACAGGGCAACAGCAGUUUUCACAGCCAGCUGGUCUGUACAUCCCCAUGCCCAUCUCCAUCCCAACGCUGCGCCAGCGUCUAACUAUGUGUUGGAGCAGAGACUCGGAUGCCUUACAGUAUACAUGUAUGUAGGGACAGAUACUGCUCUGACGAAGAGGACAGAACAUAUACAGUAUACACCUUACCCCCAUCACAUGAAGAAUGUCAGUGGACCUCCCCGUGCACAAUCCUUUCUUUCCUAUUUUCUCUGUCAAGAAGCUAUUCUGAAAUACUUUGUAUGGCCUUAAUGUUCUGUCUUUCUAAAGUGCUAGAGUUUGAGAAAGACAAAAAUCAGACCAAAUAUUAAGAAUAUUCUCUAGUUUCCUAGUUCAGAUAUUUUUUCCUUUGGAAGAAUAAAAUAAUCAGAACUAGUUUAUAUUUUAUUAGACUUUUGUCUUUCUCAAAUGCUAAAGAAUUUUACCAAAACAAAAGCUGGAUUAACUGCGCUGGAUGCAACUCAAUCACAGCUUUUGCAGUGUUUUUCUAAAGUUUUGAUAAAAAAUUGUGUAUGCAGUUUAAAAAAAAAUCAUACAAAAAGAGGCAAUGGUGUGCUGAUGGAAAUAAGUGCCAAUUAAGUGCCUUUCUUGGAGGCACACUGCAUUAUAAGUAGGAGUAAUGAGGAUGCCUUCUUAGUUGUCCUCUCACUGAACCUUCUGAUUGGGGCCAAAAUCUUCGGGUUAAUCCCGGAGCUGAUGUAACUAGAUGUUUGUGUCCGCAUAAAGAAAGCGACCUGGUUUGACCGCAGCAUCAGUUAACAUUCAUACUGUAACUGUGCCUUUGGCUGUGCUGUCAUCAUACAGGAAAGACAACAGAUAAGAGCUCCCUUUUUAAAAAGCAAUCAUUAUGCUAUAAGCUGGAAACGUUAAAACAUCGCUCAGAUCAGCUUUCAUCUGGUAAACUUUGCUUGAUAAAAUUUGGGCAUUUGGGGACACCCCCGUGUCUCUUACUGAUAUACACAAUUGUAGUCAACAUUACAGAACAGUAUUUUUUAUAAAGACAUUAUGUUGAUAUUUUUAACUAAAUGCUUAAAACUGUGGUUUUAUGUCAAUUUCAGGUUGAUUCUGUGAUGAUGUUUCCUUUAAAAUACCAACCCAGCUCUAUCAAUUGAUUACCAAAUGUGUAAAGUGUGAUCGAAAACAGAUAGUUUACAGAAGAGUUCAACCAAUCAUUUGCAAAUCCGCUUUCUCCAACUUUAACAGACAGACCAUCACACUCUCUUACAGCAACUACUUCCUCAGCAGUGACCCCAGUCUGUGACCCUCCCCCCUUAUAAUUCUUCCUCUCCCUCCUUAUUCCCCUUUUACCCCAAUGCUGCGGUCUAGUGCUGCCGCCAGCCCUAAUUAUUUGGCGUGUGGCUCCCCGGGCCCCUAAUAGGCUGAAGUGUUGUGGUUUACAGAGCGGGUGCAAAGUGCCUGUGAUUUCCAGCACCCAAUUAAGCAUUUAGGGCCACUUAACCACUGAAAGCCCAGUGGAAAAGUUGUAAAAACCCUGCAUUAAAAAAGAGAGAUGCCAUGGCAGAGGCAUAACUAACUGCCCCCGGGGUUGCUGCACUGUGAAUGGCGCAAGAAUGCAGCCGGUCGUGGUUGAAGCAGCGCUACGGUUGUCUCACAAACGUCUGACCUUACUCAGCUCUUGUGGUCGGCUCAGUCAUGCUCAGACAGGAUUUAAGCUCCCCUCUCCCCUAUGGGACCAAUAUGGCAAAUGAGAACAAUAUGCAGUUGUGCGGGUUGUCCACCUCUGAAAAAGCAGCUGAAGCCGGUUAAGUGUUGUAUGUUCAAAGAAUGAGGCUGGUUCCGAUAAGCAAGUUAAACUUUGUGAGGAGCGUCACAUAAUGCUCAUCUUUGCUCCAUUAAUAGUGAUGAUGUUAACAGGUAAGAUGCUACAGGUCAUCGUCCUGCUUUCUCUAGCGGUUAAGCUUCAAAACUCAGCAGGAAGUUCCAAAGUCCAACUUUAACAAGCAAUGCCAAGACUUACUUUGAUCUCAUUUUUUGGGAAUAGGACUGAUCUUUAUCUGAAGUCUGAUUUUGUCAGCAUAACGUCCCAUGACUGCUCUGCACAAAAUCAAACACAUCAAGUUCCUUUUCUAAUGCUUUUUUGUUCAUAUUUUACAAUGCAAUCUGGGGCUGGACUCCGGUACUUUAAAUUAAUUAAUGUGCAUGUUUAUCAAGCAUGUAUUCCAAUUUUUUUUCUUUAAUAUCUCCUGUCAAGCUCACAUUUAAAUAUACUGCCUUCUUAGUGCAUGGUUGUCCUCAUCAAAUCCAAUUCAAAACAGGUUUAAGCAAUUAUUUUUAUGUUUUAUACUUUUGUAAAUAAUCUAAGUGGUGGAUUGAAUUGAAAUUAAAUGGACCCAAGGAUGGACCAUGCUGAUAGGAUGAUAUACAGAAGCCAAACAUGGAUUACUUACCUCAGUAGCACAUACAGUAUAGUAGUACUUGUCGAAACACACACAACUCAUCACAGAACCAAAGUAUAACUGUAUAUAUAACUUAUUAUUGUACAUAAUGUAUACAUUAAUAAAGAUGUAUGGCAAAAAUG